AUGAAUAUUGUCAAAAAUUUAUUCAAAGGAAAUCAAACUACUACUGAUAAAGAAAUCCAAGAUAAAGGAUUUGAAAUUAGUCAAUGUUCCGAAACUUGUGAAUCAUGUAGUAGUAAAUUCCCUAAAAGUUUAAAAUUUGAAGGUGAAGGUACACCACUUUGGAAUACUACUAAACCUUAUGGAAUGCAUAUUAUUAUUGCUACGGGUAAAAAAGAUUGGUCUCAUGAUGCCAUUAAUGAAGAUGGUAAAAACAAACAUACCCUAAAAUAUAAAAUUGGGAAAUGGGCUGAAGAGAAUACAAAUUCUUCUUCUUCCUCUUCUUCUUCUUCUUCUUCUUCUUCAUUGGGGACUAUAAAAGUUAAUGUAUCAUCAAUGGGAUCAGAUGAUUUAUAUAUUAAUGAAAAUUAUAAAUUAGAAAAACAAGGUGAUUUAUUAAUUCUACCUUAUUUUUUAAAUAUUAAAGGAAUUACAAUUGAUGAAGUUGAACCUAUUUUAAAUGAAUUAAAAUCAUUAUUAUUAAUUAAUAAACAUGAUACCACUAUUGAAGAAAUCACGUCUAAAAUACCGAAAAUAUCACCAAAUUUGAAUCAAAGUUUUGUAUUUUUUUGUUCUCAUACUACUAGAGAUAAACGAUGUGGUAUAACUGCUCCUAUUAUGAAACGAGAAAUGGAUAAUUAUUUGGAAGAAUUAGAUUUAAAAAGAAAUUUUGGUGAUAAUCGUCCAAAUGGAAUUCAAACUGAAUUUAUUAAUCAUAUAGGUGGUCAUAAAUAUGCUGCUAAUGUGAUUAUUUAUUUAAAAAAACUGGGGAAAAAUAUUUGGUUAGGUCUUUGUAAACCAAAUAAUAUUAAACCAAUUGUUGAUGAAUGUAUUCUUGGUGAUGGGAGAAUUUGGCCUGAUAAAGUUAGAUUAAUACAAAAAUUUGAUCCCAUAGAAUGGUAG